AUGCUCGUGCUCGGAGGGAUAGGGAUGGACGUUUUGGUGAUAAUAAUACCGGCAGAUGGUACUAGCAGUGGUACUCUUGCAUCCCCUCUGGCCAAUCAGAGUUACGCAGUCAUGACAUCCCGUUCAGUGACGAAAAGUGUCAGGACGACGUCAGGAUCCAGGUCCGAAGAUCCAAGAGCUACGCUGGGGGGCCAAGCGGCUCAAGUUGUCGCCCUGAACGGUCCAGUCCAAAUGUCGACCUGCGAAUCCACAAACGCCCCUUCCUUCUUCCUCCUUCUUCUUCAUCUCUCCACAUUACACAUCGGUGCAUCCCUUUUCUCUCGCCACGUCUGCAUCCAUAUACCCUCCGAACAACGUCUCAAACACAUUUCUUCUUCUCUGAUACCCGAGUGGAUUCAAGCGUAA